AUGUCAGUAUCACCCCGGCGCUCGCCUCGAGUGCAUCGGCGUUUAUAAUAUUGCUCAAGACGUCAUCCGCCUUGACGAUAGAUCGCCAGAAAACCAAAAAUUUUGAACUACAAUAAGAGAAAAAAAAAAAAAAAAAAUAGAGUAAACAAGUAAUACGAUCAGUGAAUACUCUGGCUUUUACAAAUCGUUAUUCAUAGAGUUUAUCGAACCAACCGUUCCUUUAUACUUUUGGAAAACGAGACGGAGACGACUUUCAAAAGAGAAUUUCAAAAUGCGACUCUCGAGGAUAGCGAUUUUUCUACUAUGCGUUGGUCUCGCCUCCUGCACGGCAGAAAGUGCCGAAAGCGAUGCGGCGACAGCGUUCGUCGAAGCGGCCCGAGCACUUUUCAAUGACAAAGAGGCCAUUGGUGGACUUCAAGGAAUGGCUAGCGCGUUUAUGCAGUCUGGUGCAGGGAAACAGGUAAACGAGAUGUUGUCUGGUGGCGACGCUGGUGCAGCAGCAGGUCCGAUACUAUCCGGUAUCGGAAGUCUUUUAGCUAACGCUGGUGGCGGUGAAGGCCGAAGUGGAGAAAAUCCGUUCAUCAGCAAUAUGAUCGACGGAUUGCUUCAGAAUAUUGGCAGUGGAUCGAGAGAACAGAAGUCACAAUCUUCUCAAGAGGCGGGAGGUGGCUUCGAUUUUGAGACUAUGUUGAACAUGGCCAGUAUGUUCCUGGGGGAAAAUGCAAACGCCGAAAGUAUCAUGGGGCUUUUACCGAUGUUGAUGCAAAACUUUGGAGUUGGUUCGAGCGAGGACAGUACAGGAGUUAAAAAACACGAUCACUCGGGUCAUUCUUGGUUUCUUCCACCGGUACUCGAAAAUAUUCACAUAAUGUGGGAGCACUUUAGAAACUCCGAGUUGGGUCAAACACUGUGGAAAAACAGUGGACUGGCCAACAUCGUUGGAUCGAUGAUGGACAAGGAUGGUAAUUUGGAGUAUGAGAAGAUAUUUAACAGUUUUGAAAAUCCGGUUCUCAGACGUAGAUGGGUGAGGAGUCUAACGAAUUUUGUGUCCGAAUGGAUUUCUCAUAUUUCCGAUCCAACGACACGGCAAAGAUACCUCACGACGGCUCAGUACGUUGGUAAUGGAUUCUUGAAAUCUCAAGGUUACCCGAAAUCCGUUAUGUUCGACCCUGUUAAACCGGCAGAGAGUCUUUCGAGGAUCGUUGACGCCAUGGCCAAACGCUACAUGAACAUGAGAAUCGACAGUCAAAAAUAUAUAAAACCUGCCAUCGCGUACUUCCAAGAGCUGGUGACUUUGGCAUCCGAAAAAGGAUUCGUAAUGUCUCACAUAAACGCGAACGAGCUCAGUAACAAGCUCAGCGACACUUUGAACAACGAGAUAAUCGAGCCACUUCUCAAGGUUUACCGUUCCUACAAGUGGGGCACGAAAAGACCGGAAUGUGCUGCCCACAUUCUUUGUACGAUAAACGAGAGGGAAUCAGACUCAACGACAUCGCUUCGCCACGGGGUUACAAGAGUGGCAAGUUAUCCAGCUGCUUGGUUCCUCAGUAACAAAACCGGCAUUAACUUUUGGAAUUUAUACGCUGCCGUGAGCGAGAGCGAGCGUUGCUUUGCAAAGCAUCCCGUCGACUGUAGGGACUUCCAUGAAGAGGAAGUCAGAGUGACAACCGAAGCUGUGCACAGUGAACUUUGAGCCCA